AGGGUUGCUGGCAGAAGUGGGAUGGGGAAGUGGUGUCGGCCGGAGUGGUAUGGGGAAGGGUCUGCCGGCAGUUGGGGAUAGGGCCGCCAGUAUUGAGACUAGUGGCUGGGUUUAAGUUUUUUUUAAAAAAUAAUUUAAAAUUUUUUAACCAAUAGACUAGUGACACGUGUACGUAGUAGGUCCCAUUAACGAAUUCUAUCCAAAAAUUCGUUAAGUGGUGGUGAAAUCUUUUUUUUUUUAGUUUAUUUGUGGUGUUAUAAUAAAAGUUUUAGAUUUUGUGUCGUUAUAAUCAAAUUUUUAAUUAUUUUGUGGUGCUAACAUGUUGCACUUCUAUUGUCAUCCUCACUCUGAUCUGAUGACUUACCAUAAACCUCUAAAUAAGGACACAUUGUGACCAAUUUUUCACCAUAAAGAAAAAAUCAUUAUCAAUUUUUUAAAAAAUGGUGGAAUCGAGUACCAAGAAGUGCGGAAGACUAUAGGAGCUAAAUAGACUUAUGUGGGGUCAAUUGACAAACUUGAUUAUUCCUCACCCCUUAAAAACUUGAUUAUUCCCACAUGCACCUUAUGAACAAAGCCCAUGCAUGUGAAUCACAUGUGUGAGACCAUGUGAACUUCACAUGCAUGGAAUUUUUUCCCUUUUUUCUUUUUUCCGUUUUUCUUUUUCUGUUGCUGCUAUUCUGAGGUGGCAAUGUCUAACUACUAUGCUGAGGUGGCAUGGAGUGCAAGCCUUGUGAAGGACAUGUGUGAUGCUGUCUACCUUUCUUCUUUUUUUUUUCCUUUUUUUUUACGAAAUUGAUGCUGUCUGCUUUUCCCUUUUUGAGUUUCCUGGCGAGUCAGUUGUCUCCUUCAUCAUUUAUUCUUUGAUGUUUAUGGAGGCUACACUUUCAUCUUUGGAUUAAUCGCCCAAUUUUUUUCCUUUCCAUCUUUCCCUUCUCUUUAUAUGAUGAUGCUUACAUAUCAUUGUAUAUCAAUCUUUGGUUUUGUUUUGCUGGCAGCUAAAUUUAUGUGUUGCCAACAAUUGCUUCUUGAUGUUCUGCUUUUGAAAAAGCAACACCACAUCAUAUCAUCAAUGGCUACAAAAUGUCAAAACACCUUCCAAAUUAUCAUGAAAAGGCUGGUGUUAAGGUUUUGUUUACCAUUUUCUGGCUGGUGUUGGGGUCCUGUUUGCCAUCUUCUGCUCAGAAUUACUAGAUUUUACUUUCUCCUUAAUUCUAUCGGUGCUAGCCAACUAUGGACUUUCUUGAUUACCCUUGGUCUUCUAAUACUAAAACUCGAACAAGCAAACGCGUACGGGCAAUCACUAGGGAACCCGAAAAAAAAAAACCGAGGAAGCCUAAACUUAUAGGGCCAGGUUGUGUAUUAUUCAGUUUCAUAUUUUUGAUUUCCUUGUUAUAUAUGUUGGCCAAAUUAUAAACUAAGACUUGCUUAUAAUAUGUUGUUGGAGAAGCUUGGGAUGUUGGUCAGCAAAUGCCAACAGCUCCUUUAGAAUUGGCAGCUCCUUAUUUCUGUGACAAAUGCUUCGCAAAAAAAUUUACUUAUAAAUCUCCUAAUUUUUGUUAUAGUGGUGGAGAGUGUGUAAUUGUUUAUAAUCAUCUUCCUCCUGGGAUUAUUAGACUAUUCACUUCAAAAGAUGAAAUUGUUGAACACUUUCAAACAUAUGCACGUUUGUAUAACAACCUGUUCGCUUUCAGCUCCCUGGGGUGCAUUGGAAUCAUAAUAAAAAAAAAGACAUAUAUGCUUUCAAAUUACAUGAGCAACUAUACCAUUUUGUCCCUAACUUGUUACCUGAUGGCAAACAGCCACAGUUCCUUCAGCUUUACUUCUAUGAUUCUCAGCAUUAGGCUAAGAAUCGACUUGAUGACCUGUUUCCAGAGCUCCAAGCGGAUGUUAUUGCAAUUCUGAUGGAAAUUAUGUCACAUAAUCCAUACGCUAAAUUUUUAAAAUCUCUGAGGAAUAUUCCAGUCUCAGCUGAAACUAUGAUUACUUUAAACAAAGACCCUACUUUGGAUCAGCGGGUGUACAACGCUCCUACUUCUGAUAAGGUGGCUGCUAUAUGGGUUGAUUCCAGUGUAUCCCAUCAACAAAAUAGCCCUCACAUCACAUUGUAUGGGAAUUCUGAUCAGGGCUAUCGUAUAAUGCAUUACUA